AUGCAAGGAAUAAAUUAUGACGUAAAAUGUGAAUCAGCAGGUCAAGUUUUUAAAAAAAUCUGGAUAUCUGAAGGUUUUAAAGGUCUGUAUCGUGGACUGGGAUGUACAAUAGUCAGAGAGUUUAUAGGUUGUUCAGUAUUCUUUGGUGCAUAUGAACGGGCUCGUGAACAACUAAAACCAGUCGGUAAACGAAAAGAAGACUGUAGUGCUGUAUCUACAAUGGUGGCGGGAUCUUUAGCCGGGAUAUGUACGUCGUCGGUCGUCUACCCAAUAGAUGCAAUAAAAUCUCGUGUGCAGAUGGAAGUAAACGAUAGUGAAUUUCAGGUGAUUCAAAAAGUAAUGAAUAUAAAAGAUGGUUCACGAGGAUUGUACUCCGGUCUAUUGCCAACAAUGAUGAAAACCAUACCGGUUACCGGAGUUUUGCUGCUGACCGUGGAGUUUUCAAAACCAUUUUACCGAAAAUGUAUAUCGGAAAUACCGAGUUUCCAUUCAAAUAUUUCAUAUGAAAAGUUUUUUUCCGUUUGUGAUUAUUUAUCUGGAUGGACAGCUGGUAUUGUUUCUACAUUAAUUGGCCAUCCAAUAGACACAGUAAAAGUAAUACAACAAGUGAAUAAUAGUACAGUAAAAACAACCGUUAAAGAUAUUUACCAUCAAGAUAAGCUCAAAGGAUAUUUUAGAGGAAUGAUGUUUCCGAUCUUAAGCGUGGGUGUUGCGAAUUCGGUAUUUUUUGGAACUUAUGGUAACGUGAUGAGGUUAAUCCAAAUACAACGCAACGACAAUCAAACAAAUAAGAAUGUUGAUGUCAGGUUUUGCAGCGAUGCUGAAAAUUUACACAAUUAUUGGCAUUUGGAUGUAUUUUUAUCAGGUUCUAUUGCCGGUAUUCCUUAUGCGUUUAUAAACACACCAAUUGAAGUUAUCAAAACAUUGUUACAAGCAAGGAAUGUAAAAAAGCAAGACAAUGUGGAAACCACUGAUCCAUUAAAAACGACCAGUGCAUUUAAAAUGAUUGGAGAACUUUACAAGGUCAACGGUAUACGUUCACUGUAUCGCGGAGGAACAUUAUUGUUUAUCAGAGAUGUUCCUAGUAUGGGAAUUUAUAUGCUCUCAUAUGAACAUUUAUGUAGCAUGUUAACGAAAUUAUCGUAUUCUGAAAUCAAAAAGGAGUCAAUGCCAAUGCAUGUGCAAAUUGUGUCUGGAGGUAUAGCAGGCGUACUAAGUUGGGUCUUGGUGUUGCCGUUUGACGUGAUCAAAUCUAAAAUGAUCACGGACAGCCUCACGCAGCCGUUAUACAAGGGUGCCUGGGACUGUGCAAAGAAGACGUACAAUAAGGGCGGUGCGAAAAGUUUUUUACGAGGACUUCGGUUACUUUGCAUAAGAGCUUUUCCCGUUAAUGGGAUAGCGUUUGCCACGUACGAAACGAUUAUAAAGAGUUGUAAUAAUAAAACGGACCAACACAACCAACUAAAGAAUAACACAUUUGAAUCUAAGUGGAUUUGA